ACAACAGCGAUAUAUUCACUCACUUUUGUUUGGUCCACAUUUUCCUUUAAUUUCCAUUUCGCCACAUACUUCUCUACUGUUCAUCUCGGUAGCCCAUAUCUGUUCAUCUCCCCCUAGCCCAUAAUCACCCUGAGAUCAACUAUAUAUACAUCGAGAGUAUCGAUCAAGGAUUACUCCAUACAAUUAAGCAACCCCUUCACGAAAUCUAAAAAAACCCCCCUACUGAAACUGGUGUUUCAGUGAUUUUACGUACUCUGCUGUGUAGAUUGAACUUAAUCAAUGGCGGGUGGUUUAGAAGGGACGUCGUUUGAGUUCACACCCACAUGGGUUGUCGCCGCCCUUUGUACGGUCAUCGUUGGAAUUUCCAUCGCUGUCGAACGUCUACUACAUUACACCGGCGAGAAACUGAAGAAGGCAGAUCAAAAGCCCCUUUUUGAAGCCCUGCAAAAGAUCAAAGAAGAGCUGAUGCUGUUAGGGUUUAUUUCGCUUCUGUUAACCGUGCUCCAGUCUAAAAUCAUCAAGAUUUGUGUGAACAAGAGUAUAGUCGACCGCUUUCUCCCAUGCUCGUUGAGUGAAAGAGACAAGUUACAGGGUACAUCUCAUCUUCGUCAUCUGCUUGCUGAAGAAACAACAGGCAUGGGUUAUUGUGCUCUAAAGGAAAAGGUCCCGCUACUAUCUCUUGAGGCGUUGCAUCAUCUACACAUCUUCAUUUUUAUUCUUGCUGUCGUUCACGUGACGUUUUCUGUCAUCACCGUUAUAUUUGGAGAGGUGAAGAUGCGAGAAUGGGAGCGUUGGGAAGAAUCCAUCACAGAAGAUGAUUUUGAUACCCUACAAGUUUUGCAGCGGAAAGUGAGCUUUGUUGAAGAGGCUGAUGAUUUCUUCAAGAACAGAUUCUUGGGUAUUGGAGGAAGCUCAGCCAUUCGAGGCUGGCUGCAUUCUUUCUUCAAGCAAUUUUACUGGUCUGUGACCAAGUCAGAUUAUGUGGCACUGCGUUUGGGAUUUAUUACAAAUCAUUGCAAGGGGGUCCCGAAGUUCAAUUUUCACAAGUACAUGAUACGUGCCCUGGAAGAUGAUUUUCAAGAAGCCCUUGGGAUCAGCUGGUAUCUGUGGUUAUUCGUGGUCAUAUUCUUGUUGAUGAACAUUAAUGGUUGGCAUACAUAUUUUUGGAUAGCUUUCGUCCCAUUCAUUCUUCUACUUGCUGUGGGAACAAAGCUGGAGCACAUAAUUAUUCAGUUGGCUUAUGAGGUUUCUGAGAAACAUAUAGCCGAAGAAGGCCACAAAGUGUUGAUAGAACCCAAGGAUGAUCACUUUUGGUUUAACCAGCCAAGAAUCCUCCUUUUCUUAAUGCAUUUCAUCCUCUUUCAAAAUUCGUUUGAGAUUGCAUUCCUCUUCUGGAUAUGGCUUCAAUUUGGCUUUGACUCUUGCAUAAUGGGGAAACUGCGCUACAUUAUCCCGCGACUCAUCAUUGGGGUAUUCAUUCAGGUUUUGUGCAGUUAUAGCACUCUACCACUUUACGCCCUACUGACACAGAUGGGAACUAAUUUCAAGUCAGCAAUAUUUGCGGAGCAUAUAAAACCACUACUCAUGGGUUGGGCUAAAGAUGCCAAGAAAAGGGUGGCACAUAGCGGGGGAAUCAGUGGCUCAGCUUCAGCUGAUCAUGCCUGUUAACUCAACCACAACUCCUUAAUAGUAAUAUUAUGUCAGUGUUUAUAAAAAGCUACAAUAAAUUACUUUUGUGUAAAUUGCAAUAAACUUUAAAAACAAGUUAGCUUAUGAAAAGCCCGUAUAGUAUAGGGUUUAUGUCGUAAAGUACCAGUAAAGUUGUACCUAUUUACCCGUUUGACCACUCAGGUUCUUCAAGACACGAGUUUGCAACUUAACUUGAUGUUUUGUAUUUAGUUUCCAUUGUAAUAUAUGCUACAGCUGGUAAAACAGGGUUUGAUACUUCUGUGGUGUACACGUAGGCAAAAUAAGGUAAACAUCAAAAGCAACAACACGAACAAGAUGAAGAACCCAUGAAAGAAAAUGAAGAAUCCCAUCUCUAUAAAACCCAUAAAAAAAGGUGAAGAACCAUGAUAUGUAAUUAUUUGUUUUAAUCUUCAUGACACAAACCAUGAUUAAUCAUUUGCAUCACCAUAUGAUCAUGACAUAAACCAACUGAAUAUGAUGAAGUCUAGUUCCAAAUCAAAUCUCAUUUAACAAUCGCUAUUAGAUCAUUGGUUGUGAGAUCUUAGGUUGAG